CGGAAGGUUCUGGAAGUUCGGGAGAGGCGGCGCGGCGCCGACGACCUGUCGGUCAGAUUGUUGGCACCAUUAGAUGCUAGGUUGAUCCAGAGAGAUGGCUGAAAGUGAUGGAAAAGAAAAAGUAAAGUGGACAACCACCAUUAUUAUUAGCUCAUCUCUUAAGAAUUGUGAAGUUGCGACUGCCCUAGAAAAUCGAAGCCACAAGGUUCGGUACUCAAAUUCAGUGAAAAAUGGAUCAAUUAUAUUUUCUCUUUCUGGAGUUGCAUUUUUAUUGAUGGAUGCUAAAGAAUGCUUUAUGUCUACUGAAGAGGUAUUUCUAGCCGAAAUUGAGAAGUUUAUUAACCUUCACCAGAAUAGUUUUCUGGUUCUGUCUGCUGCCCUCCACGGGCCCCAGGAAUGGAAGCUAAUGUUCAGGAUUCACCAGAGAUUCCUGGGUAGUAACUUACGGAUACUUCCAGUACACAACACAAUAAAUGCUAUUAAUCUUAUGUGCACUAUAGCUAAGGUCACCUCCAAAGCAUACAUAGACAGCAUCUGCUACAGAAUGAUAACAACCAAAGCUCACAUCAUUGAGAAGAGUCCUGUUUGGAAAACACUUCAGAAGAUAAAGCUAGGUAGUGAUUCAUUUAAUCCAAAUUAG